GAGUGUACAUCUGGAUGGACUGGACAGAACUGUAGUGAAGAAAUAAAUGAAUGCGACUCUGAUCCAUGCAUGAAUGGAGGUCUUUGUCAUGAAUCUACCAUCCCUGGACAAUUUGUAUGUCUGUGCCCACCCCUUUAUACUGGACAAUUUUGCCACCAACGCUAUAACCCCUGUGACCUACUUCAUAACCCUUGCAGAAACAACUCAACAUGCUUAGCUUUGGUAGAUGCAAAUCAGCAUUGUAUUUGUAGAGAAGAAUUUGAAGGUAAAAACUGUGAAAUUGAUGUGAAAGAGUGCCUCUUCCUUUCCUGCCAGGAUUAUGGUGACUGUGAAGAUAUGGUCAACAAUUUCAGGUGUAUUUGCAGGCCUGGGUUUUCUGGAUCUCUGUGUGAAAUUGAAAUUAAUGAAUGUUCCUCUGAACCUUGCAAAAAUAAUGGAACAUGUGUGGAUCUGACAAACAGAUUUUUUUGUAAUUGUGAACCUGAGUACCAUGGGCCCUUCUGUGAACUUGAUGUAAAUAAAUGUAAAAUCUCACCUUGUCUAGAUGAAGAAAAUUGUGUCUACAGGACUGAUGGAUACAACUGCCUCUGUGCCCCUGGUUAUACAGGCAUCAAUUGUGAAACAAAUCUAGAUGAAUGCCUAUCAGAGCCCUGUCUCCAUGAUGGAGUUUGUAUCGAUGGCAUCAAUCAUUAUACCUGUGACUGCAAGAGUGGGUUUUUUGGAACACACUGUGAAACAAACGCCAAUGAUUGCCUUUCAAAUCCUUGUCUACAUGGAAGGUGCACAGAACUUAUUAAUGAAUAUCCAUGUUCAUGUGAUGCAGAUGGGACUAGCACACAAUGUAAGAUCAAAAUUAAUGACUGCACAUCAAUCCCUUGUAUGAAUGAAGGCUUCUGUCAGAAGUCAGCACAUGGAUUUACUUGCAUUUGCCCACGUGGAUACACUGUUGCAUACUGUGAAAAAAGCAUUGAUAAUUGUGCUGAGCCUGAACUUAAUUCAGUCAUCUGUCUUAAUGGAGGGAUCUGUGUUGAUGGGCCUGGACAUACUUUUGACUGCAGAUGUCUUCCUGGAUUUUCUGGUCAGUUUUGUGAAAUUAAUAUAAAUGAAUGCUCUUCAUCACCAUGUCUACAUGGUGCAGACUGUGAAGAUCACAUCAAUGCAUAUGUUUGCAAAUGCCAACCAGGAUGGUCUGGACACCACUGUGAGAAGGAGCUUGAGUGCAUUCCCAACUCAUGUGUUCAUGAACUCUGCAUGGAGAAUGAACCUGGCUCGACAUGUUUAUGCACACCUGGAUUUAUGACCUGCUCCAUUGGGCUUCUUUGUGGUGAUGAAAUAAGGAGAAUUACCUGUUUAACUCCCAUCUUUCAAAGAACAGAUCCCAUUUCCACACAGACAUAUACAGUUCCCCCUUCUGGGACUUUGGUCAGCAGCUUUCCAUCUAUAAAGGCUACUAGAAUACCAGCCAUAAUGGACACUUACCCAGUUGAUCAAGGUCCAAAACAGACAGGCAUUGUCAAGCAUGACAUUCUCCCAACCACUGGUUUGGCAACAUUAAGAAUUAGCACACCCUUGGAAAACUACUUACUCGAAGAACUGAUUGUCACUAGAGAGCUUUCAGCAAAACACAGUCUUCUUUCUUCCGCAGAUGUUUCCUCUUCUCGAUUCCUGAAUUUUGGUAUUCAUGACCCAGCACAAAUUGUCCAGGACAAAACAUCGGUAUCACAUAUGCCUAUUCGAACUUCAGCAGCCACACUAGGUUUCUUUUUUCCUGAUAGGAGAGCAAGGACCCCAUUUAUCAUGUCUUCCUUAAUGUCAGAUUUUAUUUUUCCUACACAAUCUUUAUUAUUUGAGAACUAUCAGACUGUUGCUUCAUCUGCUACCCCAACGACUUCAGUAAUUAGAAGCAUUCCAGGGGCUGAUAUUGAGCUAAACAGGCAGUCAUUACUCUCCCGUGGAUUCCUGCUUACAGCUGCCUCCAUAAGUGCAACUCCAGUUGUCUCUAGGGGGGCUCAAGAGGAUAUUGAAGAAUAUUCAGCUGAUUCUUUAAUUUCAAGAAGAGAGCACUGGAGAUUGCUCAGCCCCUCGAUGUCUCCCAUUUUUCCUGCUAAGAUAAUUAUAUCUAAACAGGUAACCAUCUUAAACUCAUCAGCUCUGCACCGGUUCGGUACAAAAGCCUUCAAUCCCAGUGAAUAUCAGGCUAUUACUGAAGCUUCAAGCAACCAGAGACUCACAAACAUCAAAUCACAGGCUGCUGAUUCUUUAAGAGAAUUAAGCCAAACAUGUGCAACAUGUUCUAUGACUGAAAUAAAAUCCUCUCGUGAAUUCUCAGAUCAAAUUUUGCAUAGCAAACAGUUCCACUUUUAUGAGACAUUCUGGAUGAACUCAGCGAUAUUAGCCAGCUGGUAUGCACUAAUGGGAGCUCAAACUAUCACUUCUGGGCAUUCACUUUCUUCUGCUACUGAAAUAACACCAUCAGUGGCAUUCACAGACGUGCCAUCUUUAUUUCCUUCUAAAAAGAGUGCAAAAAGAACAAUUUUAUCCUCAUCCUUGGAAGAAUCCAUUACCCUAUCAAGUAAUUUGGAUGUUAAUUUAUGUUUGGAUAAGACUUAUUUAUCCAUUGUCCCUUCACAAACUAUCUCUUCAGACUUGAUGAAUUCUGAUUUGACUUCAAAAAUGACUACUGAUGAACUGUUGGUAUCAGAAAACAUUUUAAAACUAUUGAAAAUAAGACAAUAUGGCAUAACUAUGGGCCCCACUGAGGUACUAAAUCAAGAGAGCUUAUUGGACAUGGAAAAAAGUAAAGGAUCUCAUACACUGUUCAAACUUCACCCAAGUGAUAGUUCUCUGGAUUUUGAGUUAAACUUACAAAUUUAUCCGGAUGUUACUUUAAAGACAUAUUCAGAAAUUACACAUGCAAAUGACGUCAAAAAUAAUCUGCCACCAUUGACAGGCUCAGUGCCUGAUUUUUCAGAAGUCACCACCAAUGUUGCAUUUUAUACAGUUUCAGCAACUCCAGCACUUUCAAUACAGACGUCUUCCUCCAUGUCUGUAAUUAGGCCAGAUUGGCCAUAUUUUACGGAUUAUAUGACCUCUCUUAAAAAAGAGGUCAAGACUUCUUCAGAAUGGUCCAAAUGGGAACUUCAGCCUAGUGUGCAAUAUCAGGAAUUUCCCACUGCAAGCCGGCAUCUUCCCUUCACUAGAUCUCUUACUUUUUCUUCACUGGAAUCCAUUCUGGCACCUCAACGGCUGAUGAUUUCUGUGAGAAGUGAGAGAGAAGCUUGAGCUAAGGAAGAAUUUAAAAGAACUCCUUUCACAUGAAAGAAGCCACUGAUGUUGGGAAUGUAGAAUUCUUCAGCACCUCCAACGUUUCCCAGUUUUUAAUACUCUUGGCCUGAUAUCCUCAGCCACAUUUUUGUUUAACCAUAGGGUUUAAGUGUUUUACUCCUUGAAGGGGAGACAGCAGGGAAGUCUUACCUUCAUUUCAUAGAACUUUGCACAUACUUUUUGGUAAGUAAAAUUUUAUUGGAACAUGGUUAUGCCUAUUUAUUAUAUUUACAUAUUGUCCAUGGCUUUUCACACUAUAGAGGUAGAGCUUAAUAUUUGUGUUAGAACCCCAUAACCCACAAAGCCUGAAAUAUUUACUAUCUGGCCCUUUGCAG